AUGCUGCUCGCUUUCUCGGCGAAGCCUGAAGAGCUGGAAGUCCUGAUGCUGAGUCUCACAUUUGGCAAUGUCGAAGUGCAAAAUUGUCUGCGAAACGUUGUCACGCUUUUCCACUAUAUUGAGAAAGAGAAAGCGUGGCGGAAAGAGAAUGGACGGCCCGAGGGCUUUGAGGGACUGGCAGCUAGGAAACCGAUCGGUGAGUGGCAUCAGCACCCUCACAUGUCCCCCGAAGAGACAUGGAAAUCCCUCUUCAAGCCCACACCAGAGCCUCUCGGCACUGAAGAAGCUGCAGACUUGCAGAAAGUCAAAGAUGCGCACAAGCUCUUCACACCAUCGCUCAAACCUGCGCACGAGGAAAUGUUGCAGUUGUUGCGAGACAACGAGCCGGACACUAUCACUAUCGUUGCCAUCGGUCCGCUGACUAACCUUGCGAUUGCUGCGGCAACUGACCCGGAAGCUUUCUUGAGAGUCAAGGAGGUCGUGGUCAUGGGCGGAGCUGUGAACUGGCCCGGAAAUUGCUCCGCUGAGCUACCCCAUCAGCCGCCAGACUUACACCUCCUCUCCUCCCCACUCGUCACGUCUAUCCCAGUCCCACCCUUCAACCUCAUCAAACAACCCAACACGCCUCUCCGCCGCCAACUAAACAUCCGAAACCAGAUGACACCCGGCGCAGAAUUCAACACCUACGCCGACUCUGUGGCCGCAGCCCGCGUGUACGCACUCACAUCGCCCAACCCAAAAACCACCAUGCCGCCCGUCGUCGGAAAGAAAGCACUACCACCGUACCCAGAGAAGCUCUCGCGCCAAUUGAAGGUCAAGUUGUUCCCGCUGGACAUCACAGAGCAGCAUCUCCUCCCGCGGACACUGUUCAACAAGUACAUCGAAGCAGACGCAUUGAGCGGCUCGCCUCUUACAGAAUGGGCGUCCCUCUUCCUCAUUUCUACGUUUCGCAAGAUUGCGUCCCUGGACUCGCAUCUCGACCCCGAUACCAUUGGGCUGCAUCUGCAUGAUCCGCUUACCAUCUGGUAUGCGAUGGCGUCUGCCGACCCGCUGUGGAAAUUCGUCACUGAAGACCUCCGCGAGCGUUCUAUGCUGAUCGAUUUAAAGGUCGAAACAUCUGGCCAAUGGACGCGCGGCUGCUGCAUCGUGGAUCGCCGACAGAGAGAAGUGAAGCAGGACUUGACGGUCAGCUUGGACGAGGAAGUUGUAGGAGAUGCGGGUGGGUGGAGGGAUGCCAGGAAGGGGAAUCGGAUUGAGAGGGCGGUGGAGAGUCCAGGGGGUGAGAAAUUCGCUAAUUUGAUAUUGGAGAGGGUCUUUGGGAGCGUUUGA